AUGGCGCGCGCUGAUUGCGAGCGCUACGACAGCGCUCACGUCGACACUUCGUCGUCCUCACGUGUGUUGGACGCUGGAUCUGUCGUACGCAAAAUCAGUUUCAAUGGCGUCGUCAUGGACGAGCACGAACUCGAAGGGCUCGAAGAAGAAGAAGACCCAAAACGAAUUGGAACCGACCCAAAAGACGCAAUAACGGACCCAAACGACGCAGGAACGGACCCAAAAGACGCAGGAACGGACCCAAACGACGCAGGAACGGACUUAAACGACGCAAAAACGGACCCAAAAGACGCAAAAACGGACCCAAAAGACGCAGGAACGGCCCGUAAAGAGGCGCAAAACGAGGAGGUCAAGGCGCAGACGGUGAAGGACACGAACGAUCAAGUCCAGAUCGUGAUCCGUCUUCGACCAUUGGACAGUGGUAGUGCUGACACCGAGUCGGAGUGUUUCCGCGUGCUGUCGGACGUGACGCUGCUUGUGCAGCCGCCAAAGACGUCGCAGUCCUAUCGCUCCACUGGCACCGCCACGAGUUUCCAUUUUUCGCGUAUUUUUCAGUCGGAGACGCAGCAAACGGAGCUCUUUGAAGCCACGACGAGACCUGUGCUGGAAGCAGCUUUUGAAGGCAAGAGCGGCCUCGUGUUCGCCUAUGGGGUCACGAACUCUGGUAAGACGUACACAAUUAGCGGCUCUGCAGAAGCUCCAGGAGUUCUGCCGCAAUCUCUCGAAUUUGUGAUGCAAAAACUGUCAAAUUGUAGAAACUCUACCGCGCAGCCAGUAAAAAAAGUGACAGUCACGUACCUGGAGAUCUACAAUGAAAACGUAUACGAUUUGCUGACGCCCGCUCGUCAAAAGCGGAGAGCGCUUCGUGUGCAGGACUGCGAGGGAAAGACCCAGGUUCGAGGAGCUGUUGAGAAGCGGAUUGAGACGCUGGAAGAGGGAAUGAAUAUGCUGGAGAUGGGUCGACGGCACAAACAGAUGGCCGAGACGAAUUGCAACUCAGAUUCGAGUCGAAGUCACUGCGUUUUUACACUGCAUUUCUACUAUCACACCAUGCGUUCUGCGUCGAAUCUGCUCAGCAAAGUGUCGAUCGUUGACCUGGCGGGUUCCGAGCGCGGGUCUAAAAGCGGCGCAAGUGGACGCCGCAUGCAAGAGGCUAGUAAGAUCAACGGAUCGCUGAUGAAUCUUAUGCGCUGUCUCGAGACGUUGCGUUGGAACAGGCAACACCCGCCGAGCUUGCAGAAGAUGGUCCCGUUUCGCGAAUCUAAGCUCGCACGUCUUUUUCAAGAGAGCCUCGUAGGAAGUGAUCAAGGCCCACUGGUGAUGAUCGUAGCUGUGAAUCCAUCUUGUCACGAGUUUGAUGAGACUUUGCGCACGCUGAAAUACAGUGCCGUUGCGCGCGAGUUAGUGAGGACACGCACGUCUUUACCGAGAAAGGCUGCUCCUGCUACGACUUUCUACGAUCUCGACGGGCGACUGAAAAAGAGAAGACGACAGUUGGCUGAGAAAGCUACACUUCAAGCAUCGGACUUGACCGGGGAACGAUUCGUCAUCGAGGCAACGACAGGUGUUACUUCGUCACCGGUGAAAGCCAGAAUCGAGCAUCGGAAAAGUGACUCUGGACUGCGUCAACGUAGACCGGUCAAAUGUAAUGAUGUUAUGCCGAAAACAGUGGACGUGGGGACGUCUCCGAUCGAGUCACGAAAGGAGGUCAUGCAAGGAGACUUGUAUACGGCUAACCUCGAGAUGGAAAAUGAAGAGCUUCGAGGACAGUUGGCGCAAGUUCGAGCUGGAGAGAUGGAGAUGGAAGUCCGUAUACGAGCAGAGGUCGUGGACGAGAUGCGCGAGCAAUUGCAGCAGAUUCGCGCCCAAUAUCAAAUCGCGCAGACUCAACAGCGCGAUAAUCUUCCAUCUGCACGAAAAAGACGCGAGCGGCAACAUGCUGAAGAAUGCGAAAGACUUCGGUCACACGUGCAGGAGCUGCGCGAAAAGGUGCGGGAAUGCGAGGACGAGAUUCAGCGCAUCCACAAGCGCCAUCAAGCAGAACUCGACAAAUUGCAGCCAACUUUUGUACCAAUACCAGUAGAAGACGAGAACUUGUGA